CACACACGCCCAUGUAAACACAGUUAAGGAACUUGUAAAGAGAGAAGUAUUUGUCCAGUCUGAGUUAUUCAUCCACCAACAUCAUGGCUGGGAGACUUGUACUGGGGCUUUUGCUCAUCUGUGUCGCAGCAGAUGCUGCAGACAAAUCUGGACUUAUGAGAAAGCCUUCUUGUCCUGCUCUGGAGAAAAUCAUGGCAUGCCCCAUGAACUUUGCCCCUGUGUGCGGCAGCGAUGGAAACACUUAUGCCAAUGAGUGUCUCCUCUGCGUCCAGAGACAAGAAAGCAAGAUGGACAUCUUGAUCGUGAAGGAACAAGGCUGCUGACCUGUACGGCUGAUGAAGUCAACGCCAUAACGCAAGCAGGAAAAUGGCACCCGCUGCUGUCGCUUUGCAAUAAAGUAUCAGAAUUUGUGA